UCUGCUAGCUCAGAUGGUGGUAGGACUGCAGGGAGUAAAGACGUGCCGCUGAGCUGUGCUUGGGAAGUGUUUGUUGGUGUUGGUGCUUGACACUUGAUGUUCCAGUGAGUUGUAGUAAAUGCAGAUCGGGCGCAGCAGUUUUGUAAGCGUGCCCAUGCGCCGCCAUGCCUUCUAUUGAUGGUGAGGCUGCAGCAGGAUACAGUGGUGGCAGUAUGAGUGGUGGAAGCGUCGCACCGGUGGUGGAGGCAGGCGAGCUGUGUGAGGUGCUGCGGCGGGCACAUGGAGUCGAGGAGAUACUGAUGCUAGAUUGCCGUGGCGCCGACGACUACAGAGCAGGACACAUCCGCGGGGCCGUGAGUGUUGGCCUCCCCUCCCUGAUGCUCCGGCGCCUGGCCUCGGGCAAGCUGAGUUUGCCUCAGGUCGUGCGGCACUUGGCUGCUGACGGCGGAGAUCGGCUCGCCAGGCUCCACCAGUGUGUCCCUAUCGUUCUCUAUGACCACGCCCACGCUAGCAACCCGCUCAUGCCCACACUCAUGACCAUCCUCUGCAGGAAGUUCAACCAGGAGGGCUGCAUCGCACACUGCCUAUCAGGUGGCUUCGAGGAGUUCCGGUCACGGUUUCCCGAGUGGUGCGAGAGCGCGCUGCCCAACGAGCCGCCGAUCGUGGGCUUCAAGAGUCUGAGGAUCACGUGCCUGGAGGCCGAGGAGGACGUGGAAGGAGCGUGCGACUCCAGCCUCGGGAGGGACACCCCCCUCGAUGACUUGGGCUUCCCCGUGGAGAUCCUGCCACACCUCUUCCUCGGCAACGCUAAGAACUCGGGAGAUCGAGAUGCGCUUAAUAGACACAAGAUUAGGUAUAUUAUCAACGUGACGCCAAACCUGCCCAAUGUGUUCGAAAAUUGUGGGAAUUACAAGUACAUGCAGAUUCCUAUCGCCGACCACUGGAGCCAAAACCUCGCUUCCUUUUUCCCGCAAGCAAUUCAGUUUAUUGAUGAGGCGCGGGAGGCGGGCGUGGGCGUGCUGGUCCACUGUCUCGCGGGAAUCUCUCGCUCCGUCACCAUCACUGUCGCCUACCUCAUGUACAAGGAGAAGCUCAACCUCGAGGAAGCCUACGAGUACGUCCGCGUCAAGAAGGCCAACAUCGCCCCCAACUUCAACUUCAUGGGCCAGCUGCAGGACUUUCAGCAGCAGCUCAACCUGUCGCCUCACAAGUGCCAGUGUGUGGCCGAGUGCCGCUGCCGCCACCUCCACUUCCUCACGCCUGCCCGCACGUCCCCUGACUCGGGCAUCGAGUUCGACCGCUUCUCAUGAGGGCUGACCCCCGCUGCCUCCAUGCCCGCGGGCGGCACCCCUAGGCUCUGCCUGGAGUCCCCCGCGCCGCCCGCCCUUCCGCCCGCGGGUGUGGAGGCAGUGUCCGGCCCUGGCGGGGCCCGGGCCGACGACCACACUGAGGAGGACGAGGGGAAAGGAGGAGACGAAGGGGAAGAAGACGAGGGGGAGGGAGGAGCGGAAGGAGGGAACGACGAGGAGGAGGAGGGCUCCGACCUCCCCACCUGAGCAGCCUCGGCGGCGACGGCCCACCCAAGUGCCAAAGGUGACCCUCCCUCUCGCCUCCUACACGGCCCCCCUUGGGAGUGUCCUACCCCCACCCGGGUGAGCCCCAGGGGAGGAGCCCCGGGUCACCACACACGGCAGGGGGGAGGGGCCAGGAGGAGCCUGCGGCCCCCCUUGCCAUAAUCCAAACUUCCAGGUACAAAUUUCUCGACGAGUGAUCUCGCUUCUUUCGGGGAACCGCGUCGGCCGGCGACGGGGCGCGGGGGCGGCGCCACCACCUCCGCCCUCCGAGCCGGCGCUACGUUCAUUCAGAGGAAAAUAUCUUUUAUUUUUAAGGAAGAUAUGUGAACAGUUAUGAAGUGUGGUGUUCAGGCUGCCACGAGCCUCUAACCAGUGUGUUCAUCAGUUGAACUUCAGCGAGUGCGAAAAUGUGUGUGAAGGUUUGAGACGUUGUUUCUUCUGUACAGUUGUCUGGAUGCAACACUAUGAGGUGAUAAACAAUCAUAAAUAUUUCAAAAAUACAAAAAAGUCUUAAAAGAAACCCAAAAACGUGAUACAGAUUGUUUUUUUCCCAGUAUUUUGGUACCACAACAUGGAGAAAGACGGUACGCUUACCUUUCCAAAAACAAAAACAAAACAAAAAAAAAAACUUACGAGACGGCGACGGUGGGGUUUCGCAUAGAAAAAAAAAAACAAAAACAAACCCAAAAUGAAAACCAAACCACUCCCUUACAAUAUAUAUAUAUAUAUAGAUGUAUUCCCAUUGAUGUGGAGCGAGAGAGUGAGAGAGAAAGAGAACAAGAAAACAAAACCAAACAUAAAAAAAAAUAGAGGAGACAUUUCUCGAAAUAGGUUAAAUAUUCAUACUGUUUUGGACUUCCAUUUUCAUUUUUGAAAAAAAAAGGCAAAAAAGUGUUUUAAAAAGUCCGUAGUGCACCUGUGUUGUCCCGCCAACAAAGGGUUAAUCGUGACCUCGCCGCGUCUCUCGGACUCGCACCUCCUCAGGGAUCAGGUCAGGCUGGGUCACACGGAAGGAGGAACGGAAGGUCAUGCAGUCAGGGUCAUCUGGAAAGUAAAGAAAGAGGAGUAGGAAGGAAAAUUCAUUAAGGCAGAAGGGGAGGAAGGAGAAGAAAGAUGGAAAAGAACAAGGGAAACUCAGUGAUUGAAUUUCCCUUGGAUACAAGAGAGAGAUCCAAAGGCAUAUGGUAAUUUCUUUUUGCCUUGUCAUGCUCGACAGGUAGUGAUGUGGUUUGACCAUGUGUUAACUGGGUAGAAAACUUUUGGGAUUUUUUCACGAGGGGUUCAAAACCCUUCAUUAUUAUUUGGCGUUUAGAAAAGGCAAUUUUUUUUUUUGGAUAUCCUCUCCCAUUACCCAACUGGCAAGACCCUGAGGUGAUGCAACCCUCUUGUAAAUUGCUUUAAAGCAGGAGAUAUUGGAAAAAAACUAACACGAGUAUUUACACACAUAUAUAUAUGUAUUUGUGAAACGGUCUACGUACAAAAUUAACAAAAAAAAAUCAUAUGUAUCACAUUGAUUUCCUUUUUUGAAGAUAAAAAAUAAUAAUAAUAAUAAAUACAAUGAAAGUAAUAUAUUUUUAAUGUUAUAACUCGAACGGCCAAUGUGCUUUUUUUAUUUCUUAUACGUGUACAGUUUAACUAGACUACCAUUAUUCAUAUCACCGCUCAAAUAUGUGGAUCACUUUGUACGGGCGGGCUCGGUGGAGGGGAGGGGGCAGCGCUCCCUCUGACUGCCAAAUCCACACUCUUGAUACCCCCUCCCUCCGCUGGGGCCCUCCUACCCCCCUCUCCCCAUUCAUAUCCCCCCCACCCCCUUAAGAAUCCUCUGACAUCAACCCUAAUUAAUCUUCGCACAAUUCAUUGUCUGGACGUGUGUAUGCGCAAUUGUAAACGUACGUACAUUGCGCCCCUAUGUGCGUACGUCCCACAUUUGCACGUACAUACAAGGAGUCGAUUUGGUGAUCUCUUUCAAAUAAGAAUGUGGCAACUGACGACCGCGAAGUGCCUUUAUGGAGUCGAACUUUCUUAUACACUAUGGAAGCUGAAGUCUUUAUAUAUUGUCGUAGACUGUCAUUCGUGCUCAUCCCCAUAGAGAUAGGAUAUUGUAUUUUUUCACUCGAAUCACCUAAACUUUUAAAAAACUACAUUUAACGGAGUCUGCCGCGAGCUGUACUAACUUCCUUCUGACUUUUCUUUUUUUCUCUUUGUAAAAGCCCAGAGUACUUAAUUGUUUUACUUGUGUAUAAAUAAAGAGAAGAUAUUAGAUGUAGCUUUUGUGAAGAAAAUAACUUUUUGAUGACAUGUGUAUGUUCCCCCCCCCCACCCUUGCCCCUACCCAGAUAACAUGUACUGCAUGCCGAGAAAGUUCUCCCCUUACCCCCACCCCCUUUCCUUAAAACUUGAGCUCGCGGUAAAUAUGUCUCCCUCCUCCCGAAACCAGACAUUAAACAUAACACGUGCACACCAUGACAUUAACACACACACACACACACACACACACACACACACACACACACACACACACACACACACACACACACACACACACACACACACACACACACACACACACGAGAGAAAUGUUUGUGUACACGGUCCGAGCGACAUACUGAUCACUCACGCUUAACCAUUGCCUGGCGAUGUGUACACAUUUUGAUCACAUACUCGUCGCCUACCAGUCAGUAUUGCCAAGUAGCGGUGCGUCAAAGGCAGUGUUACGCUUCUAGGAACUCCGCUGGCCUAAAAAAAAGUUUGAUCCUUAUUUUGGUCUCCACAAUGUAAAGUUCACGUAGGCCCAUACCAGGCGGAGAUAUAAAACGUCUUUUGUUCUUGCGUUGUCCAGCAGCGAUCUCAUCUCCACUACACAACAUAUACAAUAUACGAGGCCUAUAUAAACUAUAUACUGUAGGGUUUUUGUUGGUAUUUUUUCAAACAGUGUUGGAUCCGAAUGUAAAAGUAGUUAAAACUGCGGUCGUUUUUAUUAUCGCGAAACUUUAUUCACUAUUUUUUUCAAAUUUGAUUACUGUUUGGUGUCUUGUAACUGUCAUAUGUGUUUUGCGUUCUCGAGUUGUAGUAGACAAUAACAACAACCCGAUUUUUGAAUGACGCUCCCCACGCCCUCCACACUCAUUCAUAAUCCCAUCAUGACGUACACGCUUAUUUUUACACACACACACACACACACACACACACACACACACACACACACACACACACACACACACACACACA